GCAGUAUUUCCAUUUACUGCGCUGUCUCUGUCCUCAGUGAGUGCGGUUACAGUUAAUCGAAGUCGAGCUGAACAGCCAGAUAUAUUUUGUACCCCCCAUGCCACCCAAGAGAGAAGCAGGAGCGACUCCGACACAGCCUCCACUCAAGAUGAUAAAAAUCGGCUCUGAUGCUCAUGAGUUUGGCGGCGAUCCAGUGGAGGAUAAGUACAGGUUGGCUGAGGAGUCCAACUACUCACCUUUCCCCAGCAAUGAGCAUGAAACCAUUGAGUUUGAUGAGGAAAAUGUGUCAAGUCCAGGAAUCAGAACAGACACCAUCAGUCUCCUCAUGAAGAUCGAGCAGCUGCAGGCACAGCUCAAAUAUGAACGCAGGUGUAGGAUUUUGGCCGAGAGGGAGUUGAGAGAGCUGAAAGAGAUGAACACUCUAAUGAUGCAGAUGAGGCACACGGCGCACGAGCUGCGGGUCACUCUGGAUCACGUUCUCCAAGGGGGCGAGACAGCAGUGGCGGGGCAGAACUCUCAGGAUGAAACCAUCUCUUUCCUGAAUGAGCCUGAGGCAGAGAUGAGAGCAGUUCAUAGCAUCCCGGAGGACGAUCACAACUUCUCAUAUCUCUCUGAGACUCUUCGAGUGCCGAAAAAUCUUUACGAGCGCAUUGCAGAGAUUGCAGACUACAAGAAGUACACAUCAGCACUGCUGAUGAUACUUUUUGACAGAGAAACGCUGGCCACGCACUCUCUGCAGGGCCGCAGGAACACCUUUACUGGAGACGAAUGCCACAAGCCUCAACUGCCACCUGAGAUCUUGAGAAGCAUAAUUGAUCACGUGGCCGCCAAGUUCAGCGUCGAUCGCAGCCAAAUAAAAACCGCCAUCCGCACAAAGUUGAAUAAUGAGGACAAACUGUUAAAGAAGAGACUGGGCUUGGGUAAAGCCGAAAACAAAGCAAUCGUCGAUCAAAGCUUUUGCCAAGAUGCUUCACUCCUGCCUGAAAACGGAGCAAUGAGAAACGAUUCUCAGUUGUAGCCUUGUGAGUCUGCCUUCAUCUGUCGGUCACCAGUAUUUCAUGUCUGAUAGACAUGUGUGACACGUUGCCUUUUUUAAAAAAAACAUGUCUAGUUGAUUCCAUAUUGAAAUCUAGUGCUUGAAGUUAGGUUGUUUUUUGUUUUGUUUUUUUUACACUUUUUAGAAUUCUUUCUAUUUGUUUUUUUUUUGUUUUUUUUUACAUUGACAGCUGUUUGUCUUCUAUCGUGUGUUCAGAAAGACUACAAGUUUCACCUGGUUUCCCGACCAAGAUGUUGAACAGUACUAUAAAAUGUCACAUGUGUAAUCGUCAGUGGUAAAAAGACAAAAAAACCCCAAAAAACAAAAACAAGUGUUCUUAUUUAAGUUGAGGUAUUAAGUGACUGUCUGAACAGCAGGUUUGUGAAGUCGGCCUUUGUCAAACAUUUACAGUACACUGGUUUAACCUUCCAUUCGGCAGGCGUUUUGUGUGUUUGAACGUAGGACAUGUGAAAAUGUAUGUGAAAAUAAUGGGGCUGUCAUUUGUACUGUUCUUCAUGACAAACUGUGCAUUACACCAAGUGACACUGUGUUUCUAGAAUAGUUUUUUGCAAUUGCAAAAUAUGCUGUAAGUGAUAAUCUUCCUGCUUCCACAACAUCUGUUUUCAUCACACCCCUCUUUGUUGUGCUUAUCCAGAUAAGGGGCCAAUAAACUGAUAUC